AUGGUGGGCUGUGGGAGACCCUCAGAGCACAGCGUAGAGGAAGUACGAUGCACGGAGGGAGUUCCUGCGGUGAAACCCUGGUUCCCCCACAAGGCCUUCUGGGUGAGCGUGGUGGUCUGUCUGCUCGUGGUCUUGAUCGCUCUGGCGUUGACAGGCAACCUGGGUAACUCCGGGAUGCUGGAAGACCCUGCCCAGUCUAUACACAUUGUCCGAAUCACCGGUCCCGAUCCAACUGGCACUGUGAUCAACCAAUCAACAGUAGUGGACAAGGAGAAUGACCUGGUGACCUUUUCAGUGACCUCACCGUCAAACCUCUCCUCCACUGUGCUCUUUGAUGUCAAACAUGGGCUGGUUUGUUACAAACCGGCCAACCAGGAGAGCUGCUUCCUGCGUGAAAUGGACCAAUCGGAUUACCAACGUGUUGGCUCCGUCCUGCCCGAGUCAACGCACCAGAUGAGCCAGUUCCAGCUGUCUGGGAGUGAGAUCCACAGACAGACUGAGUUCCUGGGGGUGCUGGGGGGCCACGGGGUCAACGUGUCCACCCUGGAGGAGCCCUUCCAGGCCCUGUGUCGGGACAGCCCGGUCCACUGGACCAGGAGGGCAGAGGGCCCGGGGCGACAGAGACUCGUCUACUUCUGCAUCGACAUCUGCUUCCCCAGCAACAUCUGCGUGUCCGUGUGCUUCUACUACCUUCCUGAGUGA